AUGGCCGAGGAGUCCAACAAAGCCAUGAAGUACUACACUGUGGAAGAGAUCCAGAAGCACAACCACAGCAAGAGCACCUGGGUGAUCCUGCAUUACAAGGUGUACAAUUUGACCAAAUUUUUGGAGGAGCACCCUGGUGGAGAAGAAGUCUUAAGGGAACAAGCUGGAGGUGAUGCUACUGAAAACUUUGAGGAUGUCGGACACUCUACAGAUGCUCAAGAAUUGUCCAAAACGUUUAUCAUUGGGGAGCUGCAUCCGGAUGACAGGUCAAAGAUAACCAAGCCUUUGGAAACUCUUAUUACUACUAUUGAUUCUAAUUCCAGCUGGUGGACCAACUGGGUGAUCCCAGUCAUCUCAGCACUGGUUGUAGCCCUGAUGUAUCACUUCUACACAUUGGAACACUAAACACGUUAUCAGAAGCCAAUGGAAGAAAAGACUGCUUUGGUCCUGGGAGAAAGAAGCCACCGUUAACUGCUUCAGCUGACAGAACACUUCACCUGAAAAUGAUUUGUAUACACCUGUUUUCCUUUCCUCCUACAU